AGGAUGCUGGGGUGAUCCCGUGUCAAGGUUGUGCCGCGAUACUCCGGCGAUAGCCAGAAACUGCAGCGACGUGGCUUUCCAUGCGUUGGAGCGCGCCUGCGGCCAGAGAGGGGCUGCCUUGCCCAGCACAGCCUGUCUAGCUGACAGUCCCUGGGAUCACACCGGCGUCCCGCUGCAAAGCCGGCAGAGCCAUGCCCAAGAAGGAGGACAACGUGAAAAAGGGGGCAUCGGAGAUGGUGCCGGACCAGCGCUGGAAACUACAAGUCUUCUACCUCUGCUUCUACGGCUUCAUGACCCAGAUCCGACCCGGGGAGAGCUUCAUCACACCAUAUCUGCUGGGGGCCGACAAGAACUUCACGCAGGCAGAGGUAACCAACGUGAUAACGCCGGUGCUGACCUACUCCUACAUGGCUGUGCUGGUGCCCAUCUUCCUGCUGACGGACUACCUGCGCUACAAGCCGGUGCUGGUGCUGCAGAGCCUGAGCCACAUCUCCAUCUGGCUGCUGCUGGUGUGGGGCACCUCCAUCCUGGCCAUGCAGCUGAUGGAGUUCUUCUACGGCAUCACCAUGGCUGCCCGCAUUGCCUACUCCUCCUACAUCUUCUCCCUCGUCGCCCCGUCCCGCUACCAGCGCAUGGCCAGCUACUCCCGUUCCGCCGUCCUCCUGGGUGUCUUCACCAGCUCAGUGCUGGGCCAGCUCUGUGUCACCUUGGGUGGUGUCUACUUCCUCACCCUCAACUAUGUGUCGUUGGGUUUUGUCAGCUUUGGUCUCGUCCUCACCCUCUUCCUUGAGCGACCCCGGCGCAGCCUCUUCUUCAACCGGCCUGAAGGGGCUGGUGGUGGGGCUGAGCCCGCCGAGCUGGCCAAAAUGGCCGGGGAGGCCAGUGGCAGAGGGGAGGCGCGGGGCUGGCGGGACAUGGUGCUGUGCCGGAUGCUGCGGGAGGUGGGUGCCUUGGCCAGGCAGCCCCAGCUCCGCCUCUGGUCUAUAUGGUGGGUCUUCAACUCGGCCGGGUACUACCUGAUGCUGUACUAUGCACACAUCCUCUGGAAUGAGAUCUACCCCGCCACAGACAGCCGGCGAGUGUACAACGGAGGGGUGGAUGCUGCCUCCACGCUGCUGGGGGCUGCUGCCUCCUUCAGUGCUGGCUAUGUGAAGAUCCGCUGGACGCUGUGGUCAGAGCUGGUGAUCGGGGUGGUGACAGCUUUCCAGGCAGGGCUGCUCCUGCUCAUGAACACCACCGGCAAUAUCUGGCUGUGCUACGCUGCCUACGUCCUCUUCCGUGGCUCCUACCAGUUCCUGGUGCCCAUUGCCAUUUUCCAGAUUGCUACCUCACUCUCCAAGGAGCUUUGUGCGCUGGUCUUUGGGAUCAACACCUUUUUUGCCACUGUGCUGAAGACCAUCAUCACCAUCAUCGUGGCUGACAAGAGGGCCUUGGGCUUGUCUGUGCAUCCUCAGUUUUACUUGUAUUUCGGGUACUUCACGCUGCUGGCAGUGGCCUACCUGCUGGCAGCUGCUGGCGUGGCCAUCCGGCACAGCUGCCGCAAGCAGCCGGCGCAGCCAGCCACAGCCAAGGAGCCGUGCCAGCUCCCCGGUGAGCUGCUGGCACAGGAGCAGAGCCUGGAGGCAGGGGCCGUGCGAGCCUGAGUCCCAGCACCAUGGCCACUGGGGCUGGCUCUCAGCUCCAUGAGCGUCAACCUCGCCGUGUGCUUGGUCUCCUGACUUGUUUUGUGCUCCGUGGGGGCAGGGCUGUGCCCUCCUUGGCCCCAAACACAAGCAGAGCAGGGGCAAGGGCAGGAUGCCCAUGGCUGCCACUACCAGGUACCACACAGGCACGCGGACGGGAUCCGGAGCGUCUCCUGGCCACCAGCUCUGCAGCAUUGCAAAGAGCCAGGCUACAAGAGGAUAACGUUUCUUUAUUCAGUGCCUUUAGAAAAUGGUUUAUAGGACACAACUGACAAAAAAAAAAUCAAGAUCCACAGGCUUUAAAUUGCAUUAAUUACACAAAAUACAGUAGACUGUAAGGAAUAGAGACUGUGCGACUCACACAGCUUUAUGGUAAUAAUUUCCAUACAAUAAUAAAGAGCUAGUUACAGAUUCA